AUGGCCUGCAUAUUCCACAGCAGGAGGCUUUGGACCGUGGAGAAGACAGAUUCUCAGUGGACUCAAACAAGUGAUAGGGGCCUGUGUCUUCUUUCCCAUGCAGGGCUCUCUAGCUCAGAAGAGAAGCUUCCCUCUUGAACCAGCGUGAUGGACACCAGAGAUUUGAUAGUAGGAAUGAUAGUCUUAUUUCAGAGUGUGUCUGGGAUCUUGGGGAAUUGUUUUCUUCUUUCCUAUUAUUUCUUCCUUUAUUUCAUGGGGUUUCAACUGAGAUGCACAGAUUUGAUUGUCAAGAACCUGAUUGUAGCCAAUUUCUUGGUCCUGUCCUCAAGUGGAAUUCGCUACACCAUGGAAUCUUUCGGGUGGCCACACAGUCUCAGGGACUCGGAGCGUAAGUUUCUUCCCUACAUUCGUGGAGUGGGCAGGGGUAUGUCCAUUGGGACCACCUGCCUCUUGGGUGUCUUCCAGGCCAUCACCAUCAGCCCCAGGAGCUCCCGGUGGGGGGAGCUGAAAGGUAAAGCUCCCAAAUGUGUGGGCCCCUCUAUCAUCCUGUGCUGGUCUGUGAACAUGCUGGUGAAUGUCAUCUAUCCUGUAUUCAUGUUUCAUAGUUCAGACAGUAAUGCCACCUCAAACCAAAAAAGUUUUGGCUACUGUUCUGCUGUUCGUCAUGACCAAACCAUGGAUUCAGUGUAUGCUAUGCUGCUCUCCUUCCCCGAUGUGAUAUUUUUUGUGAUCAUGCUAUGGGCCAGUGGUUCCAUGGUUCUGAUCCUCUACAGGCACAAGCAGAGGGUUCAGCACCUUCACAGAACCAGAGUAUCCUCUAAAUCGUCCCCUGAGUCCCAAGCCACCCAGACCGUCCUCUUCCUGGUGAGCACCUUCAUCUAUUUCAACACUAUUUCCUCCAUUUUUCAUAUUUCUUUGUGUGUUUUCAAUGGCUCCAACUGGUACCUCUUGAACAUCAAUUCAGUCAUCACUUUGUGUUUCCCAACCCUCUGUCCUUUUCUGCUUUUGAGCCGAGAGCCUGGUGUGUUCAGGUUCUGCUCUGUCUGCGUGAGGACUAAAAGCCCCCUACAUUCUAUGAGAAAUAGCUAA